AUGGAACAUGGGCUGGAUUCCGAUGGAAAUGAAGCUGCCGUUGCAGGCACGUCAGCGGGGGCCGCCAACACUGCUUCGCCCAUAACGCCUCAGAUGAUGAGCCAAUUGUUCAAGAGACGACCACUAGUAGGCCAACUAGUCUUACCGACGCCAGGAUGCGAGUCAAAUUCCACUUCACCGUCAACAUCACCCACGGCAGUUUCGCCUACUUCUUCCACCGAUAAAACUGACAACCGGGAUCCACUGAGCUUCUAUCCUGAAGACAUGCACAGAGAGGAGGAGAGGCUCAAAACAUUCGAUAAAUGGCCAGUAACGUUUAUAUCGCCGGAAUCUCUCGCUAGAAAUGGAUUUUAUUAUCUCGGUCGCGGUGACGAAGUGCGUUGCGCCUUCUGUAAGGUCGAAAUAAUGAGAUGGGUCGAGGGAGAUGACCCAGCACAGGAUCAUAGUCGUUGGGCACCGCAGUGUCCCUUUCUGAGACGUCAAAUGGGUGCUGGAAACGUCCCUCUCGAUGCAGCUGUCAGCGGAGGUCGCGAUGAAUGCGGUGUGAGAGCGCCGGUCACCGCGGCGCCUGUACGCAUGCCGGGCCCCGUACACUCCAGAUACGCGUCCGAGGCUGCUCGUCUUCGCACCUUUGCCGACUGGCCUAGAAGUAUGCGCCAAAAGCCAGAAGAACUGGCGGAAGCUGGCUUUUUUUACACGGGUCACGGCGACAAAACCAAAUGCUUUUACUGUGAUGGGGGCCUUAAGGACUGGGAAAAUGACGACGUCCCAUGGGAGCAACACGCCCGUUGGUUUGACCGAUGCGCUUACGUCCAGUUAGUGAAAGGUCGCGACUACGUACAGAAAGUCUUAGCCGAAGCGGCUAUCGCCGAGGCGCCUAAGAAGGAGAAAGAUACGUCAAACGGAGACCCCGCUCCACCCACGAAUACAAACACAAACAGCGCGCCUGAGAACGAAGAUAUCCCCGUGGAGGACACGAAAUUAUGUAAAAUUUGUUUCGCCGAAGAAAGAAACGUGUGUUUCGUGCCCUGCGGCCACGUGGUGGCCUGUGCCAAAUGUGCCCUGUCCACAGAUAAAUGCCCGAUGUGCCGAAGGACGUUUACGAAUGCAGUGCGCCUGUACUUUUCGUGA